AUGGCGGAGAGUCGCCUCACAGUCUCUCAUUUCCUAAUCUCCGUCGCCCUUCUAGCCCUGACAUGGGUUAUUUGGGUAGCCUUCAAGCCACGAAAACGCGUUUCUUUGCGUUCUGUUGCUAUCUUGGUUCUGGGAGACAUAGGCCGCAGUCCUAGAAUGAUGUACCACGCCCAGAGCUUUGCGGAGAAUGGCUUUACGACGAACCUAAUUGGUUAUGGAGGCUCAAAUCCCAUCCCGUCUCUCAAGCGUUUGCCAAAGAUGAAUAUUUGGUACCUUCCAGAACCGCCCAAGCUUCUGCGUUGCUUCCCCUUCGUUAUCGCAGCACCUUUAAAGAUCAUACACCAAAUAUUGUCUAUCUUUUGGGUUCUUCUUUUCCGGAUAGAUGUCCCUCCCGAAUUUAUCCUUGUUCAGAAUCCCCCCAGCAUUCCAACCUUGGCAUUGGUGCAACUCGUAGGAAGGAUCCGAGGAAGCAAAAUCAUAAUAGAUUGGCACAACCUCGGCUACAGCAUUCUAGCUUUGAAACUGGGCACCAAUCAUAUAUUUGUUCGCUUGGCUAUGUGGUUUGAACGAAAAUUCGGUCACUCAGCAUACGCACAUUUGUUCGUUACAUACGCCAUGCGCGAUUUUUUGGUAAAAGAGUGGGAUUUACAAGGGCAAAAAAUUGUUCUUCACGAUCGCCCCCCGCAACAUUUUCAUCAUUCCUCCGCUCAAGAGAUACACGAGCUCUUUCGAAAACUACAACCGCUUCUGGAAAAUCAGAAAGUGUUGGAUGACUUCCUCCCACUUUCAUCUGUACCAUACUCAACCGCGUUCACACGAGCCAUGUCAAAACCAGCUACGGACACUUUACAGGAACCUUUCUCAGAACCCGGUAUUGACGCCUAUUCCGAUACACCGUCGCCCUCUUUACGACCUGACCGACCUGCCCUUCUCGUGUCUAGCACUUCUUGGACACCGGAUGAGGAUUUCGAAAUACUCAUAGACUCACUUGGGAUAUACGAGACACGAGCCGGGGAACUUGCAUCUCAAAAAGUUGCUGCAUCUUUGCCAAAAAUAUUGGUGGUUGUGACAGGCAAGGGACCUCUCCAGGCCAAAUACAUGGCGGACGUGAAUCGUCUGCAAAGAGAUUGGAAGUGGGUUCGUUUUAUAAGCUUGUGGUUGGAGGCGGAGGACUAUCCCAUCUUCCUUGGUUCCGCUGAUUUAGGAGUAUGUUUACACUCCAGUUCAUCUUCUCUUGAUCUUCCGAUGAAAAUAGUUGAUAUGUUUGGGUGUGGUCUCCCCGUUUGUGCCCUGGACUUCGCAUGCCUUCACGAACUUGUCAAUGAUGGUGGAAAUGGCAGAGUUUUUAAAACCGCCCCUCAAUUAGCAAUACAACUCGAGACUCUUCUAGCUGGCUUCCCAGACUCUCCGUCCCUCAGAAAAUUGGCCUCUUCACUUGAACGUGCCCCAGCAAUACCUAAUCCCCACGUUUCGACAAACCACGGGUCAGAGGAAUCUCAGGUGUGGUGCACCUGGGAAGAAAACUGGGGCCGUGUCAUGAGACGUCUGAUUCUUGUCUGA